CAGUGUGGGACGCUAGGGACACACCAAAGGGUCGGAGUGCCUUGGUUCUGGUCUUCGCAAAGUCCCGACAAGUGUUCCUGAAAUGAACGCCCAGCUUCAUUUUUAAAACUGUACUUUUAUUUAUUUUUUAUUUUAUUUUUUGCCGUGGCUGUCUCUGAUUUAGAAACCGAGUACCACAAUGCGGCUAGGCUAGUACACUUUGUUUUGUUUUUUCUUUCUUAACCCUUCACUUCCCCUUUCUUUUUAAUUGGGUGACAUAGAAGCAGUCUUUUUGCAUAACCCUGUGCCUGACUCUCAACGUUGUCUGCAUAAGUAGGAAGGAGGCUGCUCUUUAAAGGACCCGGGCCAAUUUAAAAAAAACAAGCUUUUUGUUCGUUUCGCUGUCCUUUGUCUCUGGUCGGUUUUGACGUGAAAGAAGAUGAAAAAGGAAGGCUCUUCAGGCUCUUUCAGACUCAGGCCAAAUUCAGGUUCUCUCUCACGUGCUGUGAGUUGGAUAAAUUUCUCCUCCCUGUCCAGGCAGACAAAGAGGCUGUUUCGCAGUGAUGGGGAGCUCUCGGUCUGCGGGCAGCAGGUGGAAGCGGACGAUGAAACCUGGAUAUACAGGACCCAGCCCAGAAAAGCGGUUUCCAACCUAGAUGAGGAGAGUCGUUGGACAGUCCACUACACUGCCCCAUGGCACCAGCAGGAGAAUGUGUUCCUUCCCACCACGAGACCCCCCUGCGUUGAGGACCUGCACCGCCAAGCCAAGCUCAACCUCAAAUCAGUACUGCGGGAAUGUGAUAAACUGCGGCGAGAUGGCUACCGAAGUUCUCAGUACUACUCUCAGGGACCCAGCUUUGCAGCCAACUCCAGCCCUCUCUGUGAUGAUUAUCAAGAUGAGGAUGAAGAAACAGAUCAAAAGUGUUCUCUUUCUUCGUCAGAAGAGGAAAGAUUUAUUUCCAGCAGGAGACCUAAAACGCCAACCUCAAGUGACUUCUCUGACCUUAAUACUCAGACGAACUGGACCAAGUCACUUCCACUGCCAACACCAGAAGAGAAGAUGCGACAGCAAGCCCAAACAGUCCAGGCCGAUGUGGUUCCUAUUAAUAUAACUGCAUCAGGCACUGGCCAGGAUGAUGGUGGUGGCCACACAGUGUACAGCCCAGACCACUACCCUACACUGGGACAGCUUGGUAGCUGUCGGGCUGCAGGGCAGCGCUCAGAAACCAGGGACUCCAGCUGUCAGACUGAGGACAUGAAGGUUGUACCACCUUCAAUGAGAAGAAUCAGGGCACAGAAGGGGCAAGGCAUUGCUGCCCAGAUGGGCCACUUCUCAGGCUCCUCUGGUAACAUGUCUGUGCUGAGCGAUUCCGCAGGGGUUGUGUUCCCCUCUCGCCUCAACAAUGAUGCUGGUUUCCAUAGUCUUCCACGUUCUGGAGUGAGGGCGAACAUUCAGUCCCUUGAGCCAAGGCUGGGUGCCCUGGGCCCUGCAGAAGACAUGGAUGGCACUUUCCACUACCAGAGGAGUAACUCACAAGUAGAUGAAAACCUAGGAUGUUUAGGAGGUGCCUCCAGGACUGCAGCACUUUUGAGGCCCAAAUCUCAGGAGCUGCAGCACUUUGAGAGUGAAAAUGUAACAAGCCCAGCGUGUGUGGUUUCUCCUCAUGCAACAUACUCCACCAGCAUCAUCCCAAAUGCCACCCUCUCAUCCUCUUCAGAGGUUAUUGUUAUUCACCCUGCUCAGAGUUCAGGGCAGCUGGACGGUAAAAUUACCAGCUCAUCCUCAUACACAAAGGUAAAAUCCAGAGACCGCCUCAUCUCCAGGCAUGCUGUGAAAGGUGAUCAUCAGCCUCCCAGUGGUCACUGGAAUGAGGGCCAUCCCACCAUACCUUCACAGGCCCUAGGCACCCAUUCCCCCAGUGCCCCAGCAAAUUGGGAAAAUGGGCCCCAAGCCAUGCCCUAUAAUUGCAGAAACAACCUGAGCUUCCCAUCCCAUCCCCAGGAUGUGGAUGGCAAGAGCGAGUCUAGUUAUUCAGGGGGCAGAGGGCACGGCAGCUUGGAGCCCUGGGAAUACAAGGCCUCAGGUAAUGGGCGGGAAUCCCCACUGAAGUCACACUUGGCAACUCAGGGUUACUCCACUCCUGCAAGUAACAUGAGCAGCUGCAGUCUGGACCAAACAUCCAACAAAGAGGAUGCUGGGUCCCUGUAUUCAGAGGACCACAAUGGCUACUACACAUCUAUGCACACCGACUCUGGACAUGGAUCUGGGAAUCUGUGCAAUAGCCGCGAUGGCUUUGGAAACCCCAGGCACAGCGUGGUCAAUGUUUUUGAUGGAAGAGCUCAGAAAAACCAAGGGGACCGAUCAAGUUACCAUGAUAAAUCCCUUUCCAGAAACAUCUCUUUGAAGAAAGCAAAGAAGCCUCCCCUGCCACCCUCGCGGACAGACUCUCUCCGCAGGAUUCCCAAGCAGAGCAGCCAGUCGAACGGGCAGGUGCUCAAUGAGAGCCUGAUCGCCACGCUCCAGCACUCGCUGCAGCUGAGCCUCCCGGGCAAGGGCGGCAGCUCGCCCUCCCAGAGCCCCUGCAGUGACUGUGAGGAGCCCUGGCUGCCGCGUUCCCGGAGCCAGAGCACGGUCAGUGCCGGCAGCAGUAUGACAUCCGCCACCACCCCCAACGUCUACCCCCUGUGCGGGGUCACGCCCUCGCAGAGCGACACGAGCAGCGUCAAGUCGGAGUACACGGACCCUUGGGGCUACUACAUCGACUACACGGGCAUGCAGGAGGACCCGGGCAACCCGGGAGGGGUCUGCCCGGCCAGCAGUGGGGCGCCGACCAGAAACGGGCCGGGCCACCGUGCCCCAGAGGGCUCGAGGGCCGCGAUGCCCCACGUGCCCAGUGGUUCAGUCAAACCAAAGAUGACAUCGCCGGAGAAGUCACACAGAGUCACUUCUCCAUCCAGUGGGUACUCCAGCCAGUCCAAUACACCCACAGCGCUCACCCCUGUGCCUGUGUUUUUAAAAUCCAUGUCACCAGCAAAUGGGAAGGGAAAGCCCAAGCCCAAGGUGCCAGAAAGGAAGUCCUCUCUGAUGUCUUCAGUGUCCGUUUCCUCGUCGUCCACUUCUCUUUCCUCCAGUGCUUCCACUGAAGGAAGUGGCACUGUGAAGAAGCCCGCCUCGGCCACGGCCUCUCCGCCGGCGGCUGCUGCUCCUGUCCCCUCUCUUCCCUCGCCACCUGCUGCCGACAGGUCCCCUGCCCUCCCUCCGCCCCCUCCUCUAGCAGGUGGCUCGCCCCUGCCGCGCUCUCCCGGUUUCCCGCCUACACCACCAGAAGCCCUCGCUCCCUUCUGCUCCACCACCGCCACUGCCACCGCCGGGUGCCUUCCUCGUGCCCCCGCAGCCCUCAGCCCCGUUCUUCCAGAUUCUUCUGCUGCCUUGCCGCCGCCCCCACCUUUCUUACCCACCUCGCUGCCCCCGCCUGCCCCGCCGCUUGACCCCAGUCUCGUGAAGGACACCAGGCCUUCUUUCAAAACCUCUGGCCAGCCAGCGCCCUCCCGGGAGGCCUGCAAGCCUCCUGCUAACAAGGAGGAGGGCAGCAGGCCCCCCAUGCCCCUGAUAACCACGGAGGCGCUGCAGACGGUGCAGCUGAGGCCCGUGCGCAAGAACUCGGCCACCGAGGUAGCUCUGUCGUCUGAACCAGCAGCUCAGGAAACACCAGCUCCGGGUGCUCCACGAUACCACUUGAAGCCAUCUGCUCUCCUCAAAUCCCCAAAUAGCAUCAAUGAAAUGGAGAGUGGAAGCCAGCCCGCCGCCGUGACAAGCUCGCUUCCGAUGCCUGCCAAGAGCCAGAGUCAGGGUGACCAUGGCAGUGCAGCCGAGCAUGGCAGCCCUCCGAGCUGCAGCCGUGCAGCUCCGGGGCCCAGUGCUGGAAUCGCCCCACUCCCGGACCCUUCACCCAGCAGGAAACCGCCCCCCGUUUCCAGGAAGCCCAAACUGUUCCUGGUGGUGCCACCUCCGCAGAGAGAUUACUCCACAGAGAACGUGAGCGAAGCCUUCCCAGGGGCGCCCAGCCCGACGAGAGGAGAGGAGGGCUCUGUGCACAGCAAAGAGGCGCGAGAGAGUCCUGCAGCCCGAGCUGGUUUCCACGCGGCGCACCCCGGCAGCUCGGGUUUUGAGGGAGGAGCUGCAGGAUCCUUGUCUCCCAGCAGAGUGGAAGCCAAUGUCCCCAUGGUACAGCCCAGUGCUUCUCCAGCCCCCACGCAGGAAGAGCCAGCAGAGCACAGUACGGCUGGUGGGGACAACGUGGAGAGCUGCUUGUGUCAACAGGAUGGAGGAGCUGGGGCGCUGGAGACCAACACGGCCAGUUCUUCCUCAGAGGCCUGCGACUUCCUUAAGGAAGAAGGGAGUGAUGAGGUGAUGGCCCCCUCUAGACCCAGGACCACAGAAGACCUUUUUGCAGCUAUUCACAGAUCCAAAAGGAAAGUCCUUGGUCGUAAGGAUUCAGAUGAUGAUCACGCCCGAAACCAUUCUCCCUCCCCCCCCGUGACACCCACCGGCACUGCCCCCAGCCUAGCCUCUCCAAAGCAAGUGGGAUCGAUUCAGAGAAGUGUCCGAAAGAGCAGCACCAGCAGUGACAACUUCAAAGCUCUUCUGUUAAAAAAGGGGAGUCGUUCAGAUACCAGUGCCCGCAUGUCUGCGGCAGAGAUGCUCAAGAACACAGACCCUCGAUUCCAGAGAUCAAGAUCAGAGCCUUCACCAGACACCCCCGAAAGCCCAUCAAGCUGCUCACCCAGCAAGAACAGAAGAGCCCAGGAGGAGUGGGCCAAGAAUGAAGGCUUGAUGCCUCGGAGUCUGUCCUUUUCAGGCCCCAGGUACGGCCGCAGUCGCACGCCUCCUUCGGCUUCCAGCAGCAGGUACAGCAUGCGGAACCGGAUCCAGAGCAGCCCCAUGACUGUUAUCUCAGAGGGAGAAGGGGAAGCCGUGGAGCCUGUGGAUAGCAGAGCCCACUGGGAUCUGGGUAUUGCAAAGGGGUGCUCACUGGACGGCCUGGUGGGGGAUGAAAUGGACGAGGGCAGCCUGUUUUGUGGCGAGGAGCCCAUCGCCUCCCUGCAGCCAGAGGCUCCUGACUCUGCAAAGGGCAGGGGCCCAUCAGAGCAGUGUGGAGGUUCUCUGAGGGAGGAGAGUUAGGGACAGGAAUGUGACUCUCCCAGGUGACCCAGUGGCAAAUAAGCAGUGCAUCCAUCGCGCUAGGAAGCCUGGUGGGUGCCCCUCCUGCUUGCCCAGGGAUCCCACUCAGCGUUUGUGCCAUGGGCCCCACAUGGCCAACCUGCAGCUAAGGUGAGGGUUGCUUAGGACUCACUUGCCACUUGCCCUAUGGCUUAAAAGCAAGUAGAAGCUUAAACUUCUGAAAGUGCUUCCUGGGGAAGAUUUCCUUUUUUUGCUAAAUGCUGAGGGUGUGUGUGUAGAGGGGAGGUGUGUGUGUGCAUUUUGAACAAUUUAUUUUUUAAAAAUGCACACAAACAGCAUGUACAGAAAUAGGAGAAAGAAAGAGGUUAGCGAGGUAGAGUAAUGGAGUCUUCUGGACUAGGUGGUAAUGCUUUCAAAGCAUUAUGUUUAUGGAAAUUAGUUCUAUAAGAAGAAAGAGGAUCAUGACUUCUAAGAAAGGGGUGGUAGAUUUGCUGCUGCUUCAUGCACAGAACACAUGGAUGUAUGCACAUGUGUGCUGCUGAGCUGAGUGAAGCGUGUCAGGGUGCACACACAAGCUGGGGAAGGGCUCAGUGACUAAUUGGUUCAGGUACUUUUUUUCUGGGGGAAAUAGGCUUUCUUUCUUUCUGUAAAAAUGUCAAACAUGGGAAAGUGGCGAUGCUGUAACUUGGUGCGUGCUGCUGUGCAGCUGCAUACACACAACUUUUAGCCUGAGUUUUAGAAGUGUAGGUGAUUUUUAAACAAAUUUCCUCCUUGAGUAGCAGCCAGGACCUUUUAGAACCGAAGUGAUGGUGUAGACACACGGGGGAGAGAGAUGAGCGAAGGGGAGAGGAGUGAGUGAUACACUGCUGGACUUUGUUUUCUGCCUAUUAAAUAAAAUUAUUUUUCAGAAUUAAAUUUGAAAACUUGCACUACAGAACUGUGGGUAGAGCUUUUCCUUUUACAACAAUUUUUACCAGAGUUUAAACUUCCAUUUGGCAAUUUCUUAUCACUUGAAAUGUCAACAUUUGCUGACUUCUGGAUAUCUUUUUGGUUACACCAAAGAAAAAGUGAUGGCUGUUGUUUUCCUUGAACUGCCUAUGGUAUCAUGUCCUAAUUUAGACAGGUUUAUCAAAAUUUAUUUUAUAUUAUCUUACUUUGAAGAAAAUGCAGAAGAGCUCUUGUUAGUCAAAUAAACUGAUAAAAAUUGGUAGGGCUGGGGUAUUAAUUAGCCCAGGGAA